CCUGCUCCAAUCACAGUGUUUAGUUUUGAGUUUCACCUUGCACAUACCAGUGAUAGAGAGAGGAAAGCCGGCAAAAAUUUAAUCUGUGUUGUCGGUUUCGAAUAUCCAGUGACCUAUUGCUAAUCGAAAUCUGCGCAUUGUCUAACGGCCGGUAAAAUCAUCAUGGAUGAAAAAGUACAAGACUGGCUUAAGCAGUGGGACCUCCAAGAGUAUAUCGAUACUUUUAAAACUCAAAAAAUCAAUGAAAAAAUAUUCAAAACAUUGAGUGACCAGUAUUUGGAAAAAUUAAUUCCUAUAAUUGGGGAUCAAUUGACUUUUAGAGAAAAAUUCAACGAAGAAUUUCCAUCUGAGUUAGAAGAGGCUUCCUCAUCAAAAAGAAGAGCCACUGUCAAUACUGAUCACGAACCUCCGGCCAAACGCCCACUAUUAGAAGUCAACAGCGAGGAAACGAUCGACAACCUGAUCAUUUUGCAUAAAUUAGAAAAUAUCAGAGAAGUACUAAAGGAAAAUUGUGAGGGCAGGAGUAUUAUUGCAUACUUUGACAAGAAUAACUCAUUAAAAAAAGCUCAUAGGACUAAACUUGUUGAUAUUAUUAUCAGCAAAGUUUUUUCCUUAUUGAACAACCCAAAGCUCGACAAUUCAUUUUUUGAGCAUUUGGCUCAGUAUAUUGUUAGUGCUUUUGACACAGAAUGUAUCUCCACCUACUAUAUCCCACCGGUUCUAAAGAAAAAUUCAGGAACUGAAAAUAAAUCAAAAGGAGCCAAGGGAAAACUAGUGGUAAAGUACUACAAUACAAAGGUCGCUCUAAGAAAAGCCUGUGAUGGUGAAGAGGAUUUGAUGAUCGUAGAAACAAAUGAAUUGGAUGCUGAAAAAAAGAGAAAGCACAAUAUUUCAAAAGAAGAUAAUUCUGAAGAAGUUGAAACGAGCUUAAAUUGGAUAAGAGCUUACCACGCACUUCCAAUAACAGAAGAAACACUGAAGCACUGGAAAAAAACGGCGAACGUCAGGUUGGAGUCUAUAGAAGAAAGUACCGAUCUUAAUACGAUUCAAGUAUUUAUUGAUUAUCCAAUACUCAAGCAACAGGAUGCUUACAAAUUGAUUUUAUCGGAUUUUGAUCAUCUCAAUUUAAGUGAAGAAACAUUAAAUUUUGAAAAGUGGAAUCUUAUUUUCCAUACUUUGCUGGAUUGUCAGAAAAUCAGUAAAUCCGAUAAAAUCGGAAGAGAUUUAUUAAGUCAAUACACUUGUAUUCAAGAUGAAAUGGUUCAAAAUGAAAAUAGCAUAGUUGCUCUACAACUUCUAAUGUUGCCACAUUUGAUUCCAUCAACAAAUUCACGUAAACUUAGUAAAACGGAAACUUGGAAGGUGUCAGUUGGUGACAGCAAGCAAAGCAUCAUACAAUUCGCUAUAGAUUCAACUCUCAUUCCUGAUUUACUGAGUAAAAAAAAAGAGUUUGCAGAAAAACACAAAAUUUCAGUGCAACCGUUCAUAUUUGUUGUUGGUGAGGAUCUCAAAAACAUAAAAGAAUCUUACGUUAUAUUUGAUUCUAUAUCAUACAAAUUACCAUCAACGUUGGAGGCUUUCAAAGUGUGUUUCAAGUUGUUUCACGUCUUGCUAUUGAAAUAUCCCUUCGAGAGCGAACAUUUGUAUAUACUUAUACAAAAACUUUUGAAAAUCAAGACUCAGUGGGAUGAUAAAAUCUUUCCUUGUACAGAGCAUGCUCUUCACACGGUUCAAAAGAAAUUAGAAGAUUUUCCGUUUCCUGAUUUACUGUAGACUUACACUAAUUUUCUUUA